AUGUUGGCAGCUUCCAGAUUCAUCCGCCGAGUCAUGACGUCUGCAUACGCCAAUGGCUCCGCCAAGGCGGCCUAUUCUUCCUCGGCCGCGACGACGACUGCUCUGAGCCGAUGGAGCAUCGCGACGAAGCAGCUUCCAGCCGUCGACAAGAUCAAGUCACUGCACAUCUACGACUUCGACAAUACCCUCUUCAAAACCCCUUUGCCGAACCCCGCACUAUGGAGCGGUCCUACGAUCGGCGUGCUGUCGAGCCAGGACGUCAUCUGCAAUGGCGGUUGGUGGCACGACUCCCGAAUCCUCUCAGCGACAGGCGACGGCGCCGACGCCGAGGAGAAGCGCGCGUGGGAGGGCUGGUGGAACGAGAAGAUUGUCGACCUGGUGAAGCUGAGCAUCAAGCAGAAGGACGCCCUGUGCGUGCUGCUGACGGGCCGCUCCGAGCGAGGCUUCGGGGAGCUCAUCAAGAGGAUGGUCCAGAGCAAAGGCCUCGACUUUGACAUGAUCGGCCUAAAGCCUGCCGUCAGCCCGACGAACCAGCACUUUUCGAGCACCAUGCACUUCAAGCAGCUCUUCCUGGCCGCCGUCAUGGAGACCUAUAAGAACGCCGACGAGAUCCGCAUCUACGAGGACCGCCCGAAGCAUGUCAAGGGGUUCAGAGAUUUCAUGGCCGAGUACAACCGGAAGCAGAACAUCAACGCCACACGCACGCGCGGCCCCAUCACGGCUGAGGUCGUCCAGGUGGCGGAUCUGUCGACAACGUUGGACCCCGUGGUCGAGGUUGCCGAGGUGCAGCACAUGAUCAACCUUCACAACGAGGAGAUCGCGAAGCAACCCACCGACGUGCGCCCGAACCGGCUCAUGGUUAAAAAGACCGUCUACUUCACGGGUUACAUGAUUAGUAAAGAGGACACAGCGCGUCUGAUGAAGCUGGCCCAGAUCCCCUCCGGCAUGCCCGAGCAGGAGCUCAAGUUCCACGCCAACAACAUCCUCAUCUGCCCACGCCCCUGCCCGGCCAGCAUCCUGGAAAAGGUUGGUGGCAUGGGCAGCAAAAUGAAAUGGGAGGUCACCGGCACGGCAUGUUUCGAGAACAGUAUCUGGGCGGCCAGCCUGCGACCAGUCCCCGCCACGGCCAAGUUCCAUACCGACAACCCCUCCCCGCUCGUCGUCCUUGCCCUGCGCAAAGGCGCGCGCCCCGUCGAUGCCGGCAAGAUUCAAAACUGGCAACCCGUGCCCGCCGACAGGGCUAUGACGUUCGAGACGACCGUCGGCGAGAAGAUGAUACUCCGCAUCGAGCCCGAGGACCCUCGCGAGGACGAGUACGAAUCGCUCUUCGCCAAUAAGUCUUCUAAAAGGAAACACGACGGCGGCGACUACUCCCGCGAUCACCACCGCCACGGACACAACCCCUAUAACGGCCGCAACGAGCGCCGCGACUUCCACUCGGGUGGAGGAGGAGGUGGCCGUGGUCAGGGCCGCGGCAGUCACCGCGGCGGCGGCGGCGGCAGAGGAGGCAGAGGCCACCGUGGUAACGGCAAAGGCGGUCGCGGCGGGCGAGGCAUGCACGGCUACCGCUCGCUCGACGACGUCGAGCCGCGGAACCAGCAAGGAGGUUACGGUCAGCCUGUUGAGUAUGAUGACAACAGUUACUCGUCCCUCCCGGCGCAGCAGCAGCAGCAGCAACAGGGCGGCGGCUUUCACGGCCAACAGCAGCAGUACCAGCUGCCUCUUAGCGCCUGGCAGCAGGGUCCCCCUUCCAACGCCCCGACCGGCCCGUCUGGGGGACGUCCCAUGGGAGGCGGCGGCAAUCACAGCGGCGGGGGCGGGAGCGACCUACAGAACUACUACUAG